UAUGUUCUACGUUUUUUAAUAAUUAUAUAAAAUAAAACAUGUUUACUGUAAAAGGUAGGGAGGGCUUAGCCCUGUUAGCCCAUUAAUACCAGCCGUCCCUGGUUAAUAUGGUGUAUGUGUUGUGCUAAAAGCCUAUACGGGUUAGCCUAUUGUGUAGACUAUAUUAGCUUAAAGUGAAAUCUUAUGUCUUGGUACUGUAAGUCAUUCUGAAAUGAUUACUGUUUUAGUUGAGUAUAUUUAUUGCUCAUUGUUAAAAAAAUAAUAAUGUACAUUUAUUACAUAAGGGAAUUAAUUAUUAUUAUUACAUCUAUCACAAUAGUACAUGCAUAGAAUAAAUACCACUGAAAUGGUUAGGUUUAACUUGCGUAGUCUAUUGUGCAGAAUGCUAACCUCAUUCAUUUAUUUGAUUGCAGGCUGAAAAUGCUGGCAAAAGUGGAAUAUGGGGGAGUCCAAAAAUACAUUAAAGUUCCUCAAACUGAUGACAAUUUCCAUUUCCUCCAGUUUCUUCAAGAAGCAACGGACAAAUUUAGUCUGCAGGCUCAACAUCUAUCCGAGGGUGUGUUAGCCUUGACUGAUGCAUCAGAUACCGAGGUUGAUGCAGACACAUUUGAUGAGCUGAUAAAGUCAGGGGUCCGAAACUUCAAGGUUGGAUACCGCAAGUACCCAGUGACGGAGUUGGACAUUGAAUUGGUGGAAUACAACUCGCAGUCCUCCGUAUUGUCAGACUCCACAGCAUCACCAGUUUCAUUGCCAGGACCCCCCGCAUCACCAGCUUCUGCAAAUUCAGAUUCGACCAUCAUCCUCCCAUCCACUAAAGAGAGGAGGAAGAGAGGCCUGGUAGAGCUGGAACGUAAUGAAGCAAGACAGAAAGUUGAUACUAUUCUGAGGUCCAACCCGAAAGGAGAAGAAAUCUUCAAAGAAUAUGACAAAACUAAGACGCUGUCAGACACAACACGCAGACAUAUGAUCAACAUUCUGGUUGCAGAAAUGACAGAUUCACAUGGGAGGAUUCCCCCCAGAAGUGUCAGGACUAGUUAUGCACUCGGAAUUGUGAACCUUUUCCCAUAUCUACAAGAUCCGUACUCAGAGCAUGGAUAUGAACAUUACUAUGACCCUGAGGCGAAUACUGGCUAUCUUGCUUGGAGACUCAAGACAGUCCAACGCAACACGCACGAUGGCCUCGGUGGGCAUUCCAGGCCCAAUCCCCAGGGCAGCCCAACAACCCACCGAGAAUCUUUGUUGAUUGCUGAACAGCUCAAGGAUGAGGAGUGCAGAGAGGCCGUGUCUGUAAUAAGACACUCCACAGAUGAAUCCGUGGUCAAAGAGAAGAUGAGAGCCACCUUCGAAUACAGACAGAAGCUGGUUCAUGACCAGGAUGCAACAUCUUCAGUCUUUGACGUCUUCCCUCGUUUCCUUGACAUACCCGGACUGAUUGACCAGGAUUUCUCACUGAUGUUUGGGGACGAAGUGUCUGGAAAGUUUCUUGCAAAGUGGCCUUCAUGUUUCAAGCCCAAAGUCAUCAGAGAAAGCCAGAGUCUUCCUUUCAGUCUUCAUGUUGAGGAACUGCGGGCAGGUUGCAACCCUGAGACUGAGAAUGAUCAUGGCUGGGAUAGUGAUAUGUCAGCUCUCCUGUUGCUGUUGCAUCUUCUGCCCCCUACAUCAAGAGGCCAUAAGAAAACUGUCAAGAUCAGCGCCGCACAGGCAGAGGACCAUCUUGUUAGAUUUGUUAAGCAUGGAGCCAGCCUCACUACAUUCCUGGAGAAAGUUGAUGCCAGACAGCCUUUCCUCCUCUGCACUGGACAGCAAAAGAAGAAAGUCGAGAGAUUCUUCAUCGUUGUGGACAACAAACCGAUCCCAUGCAACGCCCUGACGUCGGUGGGUGCCUUUGAUGGGCUAUUCAAAGCUCAUUAUGUUUUCAGCCUCUCUUAUGAUGAAGCCCUCUUCGGUUUCUACACCUUCAUUCAAACCACAGUCUACAACAUAGAUGUUGGAAGCACAAAGGAAACGCCACGAGUCAAGGAGCUGAGAGCACGACUGCUACGUGAGGCUUAAAUUCCCACCAUUGCACAAAGGUCAAGGAAUUGUUAAAAAAAAACUUCAGUGAUUAUGUUCACCUGUUUUGUUUGCAAAACACACCACAAAAAUUGUUCGCUUCUAUGUCAACAUUUAAAGUUCCAACACGGUUUAUACCCAGCCAAAAACCUACGUUUGAAGUGUGGAGAACAAGGAUGUCCUUCUUCUUUUUGUACAUACAAUGGCUUCAGGAAGCAUCUUAACAAUGUACACAGUCAUCACCAUGAUGAACAGGUUGAUACCAACCAGGAAGAGGACAUGCAAAGACAUUCUGAUGUUGAAUUAUCAAGUGAUGAGCCAACAACUUCUGCAUCCCUGUUGCAGGUUCCCCCUGUUAUCACACCGAACUCUCUUGAUAGUAUGUGCGGCUCAAUUGUUGCACACUUACAAGCUUCUGGUGUUGCUGAAAGCACGGUCCAAACAAUAGUUAGUUCAAUGGAGGAAGUUGUCAGUGAUGUACAAAUUCAAACACGAGAGGCAGUUUUCCAAACAUUUUCCGCCGAAAAUAAGGAGUCAGAAAUGUGUAAGAAAAUAGAGCACAGUUUAAAUAAAUUAGAUAAUCCUUUUUCAAAAUUGAACACGGAGACAAAGAGAAAGAAAUAUUUUUCUGAAAAAUGGGACAUAGUAGAGCCUAAAGAAUUGGUCCUUGGAGUGAGAUUGGAUACACGUAGAGAUAGACCUACAGGUGUUUAUAGUCAGAUUCCUGUUACAGACAAGUACAUGUAUGUACCCAUUUUAGGUACAUUAAAAUCCAUUUUCAAAAACAGUGAGAUAAGAGAGGGCUUCUUGCAAGAGAAACGCAGUAAAACAGGGAUGUACCAAGACAUUAAUGAUGGGUUAUAUUUCCAAAACCAUCCUCUGUUCUCACAACAUAGACAUGCCUUACAAAUCUUGCUCUACUACGACGAUUUUGAAACGGCUAACCCACUAGGUUCCAAGAAGGGGAUCCACAAACUUGGAUGUGUUUAUUUUACUUUAAAGAACCUCCCACCAAAGUUGAACUCUGUGCUAAUGAAUGUACAUCUUGCAGCUCUUUUCUACACAGAGGAUUUAAAGACAUAUGGUUUUGAUCUAAUACUAAAGCCUCUAAUAGAUGAUUUGAAAAUAUUAGAAACAACAGGAAUCCAGCUUCCAUUCAUUAACGAACCAUUGUUUGGCUCCGUCAUACAAAUCACAGGCGAUAAUCUUGCUUUAAAUGGCUUGUUGGGUUUUGUUGAAAGUUUUAGCGCAACCUACUGUUGUAGGUUCUGUUUAACUAAUAAGGAAGAAAUUCAAUCUGUAUUUACUGAGAAUAAUCCUGGACUUGUUCUGCGCUCCAAAGAACUUUAUGUUGAACAUUGUAAUGCACUAAGUGAAGAUCCUACUCUACCUUCCGUUUAUGGUGUUAAAAAAGCUUGUGUGCUCAAUUCAUUACAUUAUUUUCAUAGUUCUGACAAUUAUACGGUCGAUAUAAUGCAUGAUUUGUUAGAGGGUGUCGUACAGUAUGAGCUGAAGCUUUUUUUUCAGUACCUGAUUAAAAAUGGUUACACCUCUAUUAAAACGCUGUUACACAGAGUACAGAGUUUUAAUUAUGGUUUCUUAGAACGCAAAAACAAACCAAGUGGGUUAAAAAUUGAUGAUAACAGCAAGCACUUAGGUAUAAAUGCUAUUCAGUCACUGUGCAUUCUCCGAAAUACUCCACUUAUUUUUGGUGAUAUCGUUGAAAGGGACAAUAAACACUGGAACUUAGUGCUUCUUUUGUUACAUAUUGUUAAUAUAGUGUUCUCACCUAUAUUUACUGAUGGCAUGAUAUGUUACCUAAAACAUUUGAUCUGUGACCACCAUACCAUGUUCAAAACGUUGUUCCCUGAUAAAAGAUUGAUUCCCAAACACCACUUAAUGAUCCACUAUCCAAGAUUAUUGAAAAAAAUUGGUCCUCUUAUCCAUAUGUGGUGUAUGCGAUUCGAAGCCAAACACAAUUUUUUU